UUUCAUUUUCCGGAAGAGUCGAAUGUGAACACAGUACUGAGUUUUAUUUCUUAGAAAUUUAUUCCACUCCUUAUUUAUAAUGUAGUUUUGGGAGGUUUUACCAGAAGUUUAUAUAAUUUUUUGGAGGAGUUGUGUGUCUGCAUAUAAGAAAAUCGUCCUGUUUUUCCGUACAGUCGAAUAGAUAAAGGAAAUGUCUUUGGAGAAUAUUUCACCUUUGGUCAAGCAAGAAAACAUAGCAAACAGUCAUUCAUCUACACUGAGAGGAAGACAAGUUGACCUUCCUCCCAGUGUGCAUCAUUCCCUGCCAAACCAGCUUCCUUUAGUCAGUCCUACCUCUCAGGAAGACCUGUGGCAGCUACCUGGACGGCUGCGAAUAAACCCAUCUCUGUGGGAUAAGGAGGAUGUUGCACACUGGCUCCACUGGGCUCAGAAGGAGUACUCACUGUGCCGACCAGAGAAGGGACGCUUUGAGAUGAAUGGCCGAGCCCUGUGUCUGCUCACCAAAGAAGACUUCAGACGCCGUUGCCCAGGCUCAGGUGAUGUUCUCUAUGAGAUCCUUCAGUGUGUGAAGCAGCAAAGGAUGAGUGUUGCCUGUUACCCCCCAAAUACAUCUCACUCUUUAGGAACUCAGCCCAUGCAAAGGCCAGGCAGUUGCCAGAACCCCACUCACCAUGUCCAGGAGCCCCAGUGUCCCACAGUGAAUGACACCCAAGUUUCCCACAUUUUCACCACUGCAGUGUCGGCAGCUGUCGUAACCACUGUGAGCAGCCAGCCAGAACCCAUGUUGCCUCUCAGAGAUCGCCCCUUGAGCUUUUACACUUGCCCUGCUCCAGUUAAACUUAGUAAUGUCUCUACAUUGCCCAACAGCCAACUUCACUGUCCUCCCAGAACAGAGCACAUCAUCCAGGAGCCUCUCAAUCUGUCCAGUCGAGAGAAGCCAAGGAGCCUGCUGCAAAAAGCCAAUGGCCGCAUCCCAGAGUGCAGACUGUUGUGGGACUAUGUGUAUCAGCUGCUGUGUGAUGACCGUUACCAAGAAUACAUCCGAUGGGAAGAUCAGGACAGCCUGGUGUUUAGGGUAGUUGACCCCAACGGACUGGCACGUCUCUGGGGAAAUCACAAGAACAGACACAAUAUGACGUACGAGAAAAUGUCCCGUGCUUUGCGACACUACUACAAGCUCAACAUCAUCAAAAAGGAGCGAGGACAAAAGCUCCUCUUCAGGUUUCUGAAACUUCCACACGACAUCAGGAAACGGCAGAGUGACAUCGCAGAGUCCCCAGAGCACACUCCGCCUCAGGACAGAGAUCUUCCAUAUACACAGGACCAUCGUGAGGACCAUUUUGAGGUUUCCCCUGAUCGAGCUUCCCCGCAGCCACCUCCAACUGGUGCUCCACUGAGAUAAUGAAACCGCCUUGGGUGUGUUCUGCAUUACAGAAUAGAAAGGACCUUGUGAGUGCUUGACUCAUUGUGGUUUAUUUAUCUUGUAGUUUCAGCUUCAAUAACCCAGGCAGCACCUGUGCAGGUUUAACAAAACCCACUGUUAGGCAUAACUUAUAUGCUGGGAUUGCAUGUCAUGUUGCUGUGAAUCAAUGUAUAUGUAAAUGUGAUCAGAAUGAACACUAAUAAUAUUAAAAGAGGAACACUGUGAAUGAAAUUACCUCAGUGUUCAACCAGCCAAAUAAUCAUCAGAUCUUAAAUCUCCCAAGUUGGCUUCACAUGCAGUAAUUUCAAUACAAAUAAUGCACUUAAUGCCAUAAAAUAUUUUUGUUUUGCAGGUAAAUGGCAGAAAUCACAAUGUAAUUAUUCAAAUUUUGUUGCAGAUUGUUUGUUAGGAUGAGACAGAAAUGAUUGUUUGCCUUCAUUUGUGAUGUGGCAUGAAGGUCAGUGUUUUUAUAGGCAGGUACUUUAUUUUUAUUUUGUUUUGUUUGGUCAACCUGAUGAUGAGGAAUUUGUUUCUGUGGUUUGUUGUUGGUUUAAAAUUUUGUAUUAUAGGCUAAUACUUAUUUUUUGCUAUGUAAAAUAAAUCAUUUG